AUGGACGCGGCGCAGCUGAGGAAGCUACUGCAGGCGGCGAACGUGGCCGACCACCAGUGCUUUGAGCGCGGGCAGCUCAUCGAGCGGCUCAAGGAGCACGAGCGGGCGGCGGCGCAUCAGGGCGGCGCGUCGCUCCGCGGCGAGGAGGGCGAGGAUGGCGGGGGCGGCUCCCCGAUGGACCUCGACGCGACGGACGGCGAGCACGGGCUGCUGCACGGCGUGCGGUACGCCGACACAAGCGCUGCGGACCAGGUCGACCUCGCGAGCGGCGCGGACUGGUCCUUCCUCCGCACGCAGCGCCCGCCGGGCACCAACCCGGAGCGUGGCGCGGACUCGGACUCGGAGGACUUGCUCGAGCAGGCGUUGCGCGGCGGGGGCAAGUCCGCGGGAAAGCCCGGGGUUAAGUCCGGAGGGGGAAAGCCCGGCGCGCGGCGUGCGGCGGCGGGUGGCGUGCGGCGUGCGUCGGCGGGCGACGAGAGCGAGUCGUCCGAUCCGGAGUGGCGAGGCUCGGACGACGAGAGCGACGGCGAGGACGGCGAGGACGGAUCCGGAUCCGAAGCCGACUUCAUCCGCGAGCGAGCCGUGGCGGCGAGGCCGCCCGCCCCCUCCGCCUCCCGCUCCGCCGCGCCCUCAGCGAGCAAGCCGGCGUCCUCCUCCGCCACCAAGGCGGCGCCGCCGCCGGUGCGACGGCCGCCUGCCGGUUCAGACGACGAGGCGGCGGCGGAGGACCUGUCUUGGGCGCAGCACGGGAACGUGGCGGACAUCAAGAGGCUGCAGCGGCUGCGCAGGCAACUCUUCCGGAAGCUUCGCAGCCUGCGCAUGCCCUCCAACCCGCUCGACAACAUCAUCCACGAGCUGGGCGGCCCUGACGCCGUCGCCGAGCUCACGGGCCGAAAGGGAAGGCUCGUCCGCGACGAGGAGGGCCGCACCGUCUACAAGCGGCGCAACGUCGACCUCGGGUGCUCCAUGGAGCGCAUCAACCUGGCGGAGAAGCAGGCCUUCAUGGACGGCCGCAAGCUCGUCGCCAUCAUCUCGGAGGCGGCCUCAUCGGGCAUCUCGCUGCAGGCGGACCGGCGCGUGCCGAACACGCGCAAGCGGCUGCACAUCACGCUCGAGCUGCCGUGGUCCGCCGACCAGGCGAUCCACGGUCCCGAGUACCUGCUCAUGAUGACGGCCUGCGGCGGCGAGCGCCGCUUCGCAUCGACGGUCGCCAAGCGGCUGCAGCAGCUCGGCGCGAUAACAAAGGGGGAUCGGCGCGGCGCCGACGGGCAGCAGGAAAACCUGUCCGCCUUCGACGUUGACACAGAGUACGGCCAGGCCGCGCUGACCGACCUCAUCGAGGUGUUCGAGAACCCAAUCCACAACGCGAGCAUCGUCCCGCCGGGCCACAUCCGGCGCGCCAUCGGCCUGCGCGCCACCCACGAGCUGCAACAAAAGUGGAGCGAAUACAUCGACGAGGCGGAGGAGGCGAUGGCGUCGGCGGGCAUCUUCGGCAUGGAGAACCUCUCCGUGCGGCGCUUCCUCAACCGGCUGCUCGGCAUGCCGGUCCGCAUGCAGAACACAAUCUUCCAGCACUACACGGCGAUCCUCGACGAGAACGUCAAGGCGGCCAAGGCGGCGGGCAGGUACGACGAUGGCGUCGUCGACAUCCGCGGCGAGUCCGUCAGUGUCAAGUCCGGCUCGCCUCGCACCAUCUCCACCGACCGGCAGUCGGGCGUGCCCCUCUCCCACUACGCGCUCGGAGUCGAUCGCGGGCUCUCCUUUGAGCGCGCGUCGGAGAUGCUGCGCGCCAAGGCGGAGGGCAACGAGGCCGGGGCGCUGCUCGAGGGCGAGGGAUUCUACAUCUCGCGCAACUUCAAGUUCGGCAACGGCUGCAAGGGCGUGACCCUCCUGCUGCGCGAGCGGGUCUCGGUCUUUGCCGCCAGCAACUGGAUCCCGACCUUCAAGAUCUACCGACCCAACCAAGGCGCGCUGCCAGGGACUCUGGCGCUCCUCGCCCCUCCCUCCACGCCACCCGCCCGCGCCUCACCCGAUGCUGCAGGCCUCUGUGGGCGCACGUUCCUACGCGAGCAUCUCAACUCGAACCUCCCGCUCAGCUCAAACGGCGCUCGAGGGCCGUGGACCAGGCUGCACGACGCCACGCGCGACAAGUGCACGCACGGCCACAAGUGCCGCGACCUUCAGUGCUUCGUUGGCAAGCGGAUGCAGACGGAACACCUGGUCUGCGGCGCCGUGCUGCCGUUCUGGUCGACGAUACAGCAGCGGGUCUUGUCCAAGACCGUCCGAACGAGCGGCGGUGGCUUCCAGUUGGUGCAGCAGAUGCGGGUCGUGCGCGUGCGCUGCCAGCGGGCGGAUGGGACAGAGACGAGACUUGUCGGCAGCCCUCUGCCGGGAUAUCAGAGGCGCAGCAUCCACAUGACGCAUGGCGGCGCGGCGCGGGUGCAGGCGAUCGAGAUGGACAUCCGCGGCGCCGACGACGCCGACGGCAAGCCCGACCUCAAGCCCGACCUCAAGCCCGACUUGCACAGCCUCGGCAGGGGCAAGCAGGCUGGCAAGGGCAAGGGCCCGGCGGCGCCGCGGCAGCCGUCGCACGGGCGCUGCCAGGAGUGCGGCGCCGCCCACGACGGCGGCUAUGGCUCGGGCCGCUUUUGCUCGCAGCCUUGCCGCAGCCGCCAUAAUGGCCGCCCCAUAAGCAGCGCCGCGCCUCCCGCGCCGGGCCUCGGCGCGCGCGUGGUGCUCCACGGCCUCUGCAGCGCGGCGGGCGCGGCGCUCAACGGGCUCUAUGGCACGGUGCUUCGGCGGGACGAUGAGUCAGGCCGCUUGAUCGUUUCGAUCGAGGGCAACGGAAGCCAUAAGAUCAAGGCGGACAACCUUCGCGUGGUCUAG